UUCCUACAGGGGAUGAGGAACUAUUGCAAGGAGGGGACGGAAUAAGGCAGGGACCUUCCUGUUCCCAGCAAUCCCCCCGGCUUGUGUUGUGUGUGUGAGCCUGGCAGCUGGGAGGGGAGCACACAAAGAGACCCGCUGCCACCCGUGCCUCGGGGCCGCGUCUCCGCCUGCAGCCCCGGCCCCGGGAGGGGAUCGCCCCGGCUGGGCGGGGGCGCGAAACAGCCGCCGAGGCAGGAAAUCGCUGCCCGGAGGAAGCGGCCGCGCUCACUCCACAUGACUGGGAUCAUGCCUGGCCCUGCCCCUGCCCCAGGAUUCCCCGACCCGGCCGGGAUCUCCCGCAUGGAGCGAGGGGAAGAGCCCAGGGUCCCGGAUCUCCAGGGCUCUGAGGAAAGGGAGAUCCCGAGAGGUGCCUACACAGCAUGUGCCAGGACGGAGGAGAAUCCCCAGCGGGAAGGGCCUGCAGGAACGGACUCUUACGGGAGCCCCAAGCAGGGGGAGGGCCGGCCCGACUGGGAGACAGUGUGCGAGAGCCCCCUGCAGGAGAUCCUGGUGCACCAGCGCACCCACAUGGGUGAGAAGCCCUACAAGUGCCCCGAGUGCGGGAAGAGCUUCCACCAGAGCUCCCACCUCAUCCGGCACCAGCGCAUCCACACGGGGGAGCGCCCCUACAAGUGCGGCGAGUGCGGCAAGGCCUUCAGCCAGAGCUCGCUGCUGACCCGCCACCAGCGCACCCACACCGGGGAGAGACCCUACAAAUGCCCCGACUGUGGGAAGAGCUUCAGCCGCGGCUCCAACCUCAGCCAGCACCAGCGCAUCCACACCGGGGAGCGGCCCUACCAGUGCACCGAGUGCGGGAAGAGCUUCACGCUCAGCUCCCACCUCAUCCGGCACCAGCGCACCCACACGGGCGAGCGGCCCUACAAAUGCGGCGAGUGCGGCAAGGCCUUCGCCGAGAGCUCCCACCUGCGCCAGCACCGCCGCACCCACCGGGGCGAGCCGCCCUACAAGUGCCCCGACUGCGGGCGCGCCUUCGCCCUGAGCCUGGACUUCGUGCAGCACGUGCGGGAGCACACGGAGCGCCGGCCCUACCGCUGCGGGGCCUGCGGGCGCUGCUUCCCCCUCAGCUCGGCCCUCUCGCAGCACCGCCGGAGCCACCACCGCCCCCCGGCCGCCCCCAAGGCCCACCCCUGCGGGGUGUGCGGGAAGGUGUUCGGGAAGAGCUCGCACCUGGUGACCCACCGGCGGGUGCACACGGGCGAGAAGCCCUUCGCCUGUGCGGAGUGCGGGCGCGGCUUCAGCCAGAGCGCCGACCUGGCCAAGCACCGGCGCACCCACACCGGCGAGCGGCCCUACCGCUGCCCCGAGUGCGGCAAGAGCUUCAGCGUCUCCUCCACCCUGGUCAAGCACCAGCGCAGCCACAAGGGGGAGCGGCCCUACCCCUGCCCCGAGUGCGGCAAGCGCUUCAGCCAGAGCUCCAACCUCAUGCAGCACCAGCGCAGCCACCGCGGGCACCGGCCCUACCGCUGCACCGAGUGCGGCAAGGCCUUCGCCCAGAGCUCGGCCCUCCUGCAGCACCACCGCACCCACACCGGCGAGAAGCCCUUCGCCUGCCGGCAGUGCGGCAAGGCCUUCAGCCUCAGCUCCAACCUGCGCCAGCACCGGCGCACCCACACAGGCGAAAAGCCCUACAAGUGCGGGGAGUGCGGGAAGAGCUUCUACCAGAGCUCCAACCUGGCGCAGCACCGGCGCACCCACACCGAGGAGAAACCUUACGGCUGCCCUGACUGUGGGCGCGGCUUCCGCCACAACGCCCACCUGGCGCAGCACCGGCGCACCCACACCGGCGAGCGCCCCUUCCCCUGCGCCCAGUGCGGCAAGGCCUUCAGCCAGCGCUCCAACCUGCUGCAGCACCGGCGCACCCACACCGGCGAGCGCCCCUUUGUCUGCACCCACUGCGGGAAGGGCUUCGGCGACAGCUCCAACCUGCUGCAGCACCUGCGCACCCACACGCCGGAGAGACCCUAUCCGUGCCCCGAGUGCGGGCGCAGCUUCCGUCACGGCAAGCACCUGACUCAGCACCGCUCCCUGCACACGGGCCAGAAAUCCCACUGCUGCCCUGACUGCGGGAAGGGCUUCAAUUGGAGCUCCCACCUCGCCCAGCACCGGCGCAUCCACACUGGGGAGCGGCCCUACCAGUGCCCCCAGUGCGGGAAGGCGUUCACACAGAGAUCCAAUCUCUUGCAGCACCAGGCCCUCCAUCGCCCUGCCCAGGACCUGGCUGAGCAGCUGCAGAUGAACCAUGUGGCUUAGGGGUGGCUGGGGUCAGAGGUCAUGCUGGAGAGGAGAGAGACCCGCCUUUCAGCAUCGGAUGCCUGGGGUUAAAGGUCUGAUGAUGUCCGACACCCAGGACUCCCCCACAGCAUGGACACACCAACUGGACCCCACUCGGAUGUGCUGCCAGGGAAUGCGGGGGUGGAUUAAACAAGCUCCCUGAGGGGACUUAUUUGCUGGAGAGGAGAGCUGGGGACAUUAUUAAUAAAGGGUGUAAAGCAGUGGUUCUCAAA